AUGGAAAUCCAAGAAGCAGGUUUCAUUUCCCUUUCCUCUGCUGAAGCUGAGUACCGGUCGAUGGGGCAUGUAACUGCUGAAGUCACUUGGUUGGUGCGGCUUCUCUCUGACCUCUCUGUAGCUCCGACUUUGCCGAUCCCUAUUCAGUCCGACAGUCAGGCGGCGAUUCACAUCGCCCGCAACCCCGUUUUCCAUAAGCGUACCAAGCACGUAGAGCUCGAUUGCCACUUUGUCAGGCAACAAUUUCUCUCCAGCUUAAUCACCCUCUCCUUCGUUCCAUCGGAGCAACAACUCGCCGAUCUCUUCACCAAACCCCUUUUUGGGGUUUCUCACAGAACCAUUUUGAACAAGCGAUUUGGGCGAUCUAGAGAGAGAAACAGCCUUAUGGCUUCGCCGGCCGGCGGCCAGCCAUUAAUUCCGGCUGGUCAGCCCCCUAACACAUCUGCCCAACCUCCUACAACAACUACAAACAAUCCCCAGCCCUCAAAUCCCACAAACGAAGCCAUGAAUUACGCAAAAGCUGUGAACCCUACUUCGACGACCACUGCCAUGCAGAAUCGAGCCGCUACAGUUGAACCAAUUGCUCUUCGUCUAUCAAAAUCAACGAAUUAA